GGGAGGAGGGAGAGAGACAGAGAGAUUAAAAGAGAGGGUCAAAGAGGAAUAACAGACAGGAACAAGAACAAAGACCAAUUAGAAGCCAGGGAAGAGCUUUUGAGAGGGAAGAAAAAUUUUUAAGAAGAAAACGAAAAGUUGAAGAGAACGCAAACAGAGGUGGUGGUGGUGCAGCUUGAGAAGAGAUGGGUGAUUGGAGCUUCCUCGGGGAGUUCCUGGAAGAAGUCCACAAACAUUCCACCGUGAUUGGCAAGGUCUGGCUGACUGUCCUCUUCAUCUUCCGCAUGCUAGUGCUGGGCACAGCAGCAGAGUCCUCCUGGGGGGACGAGAAAGCCGACUUUCAGUGUGACACAUUGCAACCUGGCUGUGAAAACGUCUGCUACGACCAAGCCUUCCCCAUCUCCCAUAUCCGAUACUGGGUGCUGCAGAUUAUCUUCGUCUCCACGCCAUCCCUGGUGUAUAUGGGCCAUGCAAUGCAUACUGUCCGCAUGGAGGAAAAGCGAAAGCUGAAGGAGGCUGAGAGGGCCAAGGAGUCCAAGGGCACAGACACCUAUGAGUACCAGGCAGAGAAGGCUGAGCUGUCGUGCAAGGAAGAGCUAAGUGGAAGGAUCAUCCUGCAGGGCACUCUGCUCAACACCUAUGUGUGCAGCAUUCUCAUCCGCACCGCCAUGGAAGUGGCUUUCAUCGUGGGGCAGUAUCUCCUCUAUGGGAUCUUCCUGGAAACCCUGCACAUCUGCCGUCGGAAACCCUGCCCUCACCCUGUCAACUGCUAUGUGUCGAGGCCCACCGAGAAGAAUGUUUUCAUCGUAUUCAUGCUGGCUGUGGGGGGUCUGUCCCUCUGCCUUAGUCUGGCUGAGCUUUACCAUCUGGGCUGGAAGAAAGCCAAGCGCCACUUCACCCAGACUUGCCCUGGCGCGGUGGAGGCCAGCCUGCCUCCUCCUCGGCCCGGGGCGGUCCAGAAUUGCACGCCACCCCCAGACUUUAAUGAAUGCGUAAAGGGCGGCUCCAAUGGAAAGUUCUACAGCAGCCAUUUCAGCGAUAACGUCGCCUCCCGGCAGAAUACCGACAACUUGGCGACGGAACGAGUCCAGGGCCGGGGGGAGGCCGCGGAACGGGCUUUUCUGCACAUGCAGUACGCCGAGGAGCCCGAGGUGGCUAAUGGGGUUUCCAACGCCCACCGCCUCCCCCAUAGUUACCACGGUGAUAAGCGCCGCCUGAGCAAGGCCAGCAGCAAGGCCAGGUCAGACGACCUGUCGGUGUGAUCGUGCUCAAGACCGUCCAAUGGGCGUGUGGGUUUGGGGGGAGGGCUGGGAAAAGGGAUACAUGUCCAUGUUGAGCCUAAGCGUUAGGUAGGGGUCCUCGGUUUCCUCUCGCUUCCCUGCUGGUUUUUUUUUUUUUGAGAGAGAGAGCUCUGUUCAUAAUAACCUUGCUCUUUUCUCCAGAAACAGGGAGGAAGAGGAGAAGCUGGACACCGUACCUGUAGUGCUUGUGGGGGGCCAUAAAAAGAGUUCCCUUCUUAUCUUCACACACACUGAAGGUACACAGUAAGGACAUUUCAACAGGCCUGAAGUGGGCAGAUUGGGGCUGGGGAGUGAUUGUGGGAUGGGAUACUUUGCAAAAUCAUUCAAGGUUCCAAGUUUUGAUUUAUGCCACCAUACAAAGGGCAUGCUAUUUGCCCACUUUGCCAAGAACAUGCAAGAGGGCCCAGAGUAGCCUUCACAACCUCAGCUGCCCCCACCUCAUCCCCAUGUUUACCACAGCUUUACAAGUACCACCUUGGCAAGUCUUGGUAAAAUGCCAGGCCCCACUGAGUCUUUUAAGUUUUCUCAGACAUAUUUGUUCCCAUUGAGGUUGGUCUGUGAGAUCCACGGUGAGCCCAUAUAGAUCCCUUCCAAUGGCAUGAGCCUGGGCAGCUUCCAUCAGCCACAUUUCCCAAGGUGCUGUCUCCACAAGGCUGCUCCUUUGGGCGGAGGUCAGGAGCCCACAUAUUGUCUUGGUGUGUCCCUUUCCUCUUCCGGACUUAAAAACAGGCUCUUGGACCCUUAAUCUUGGCCAACAGCUUCACUUUUGCAAGUGCCUCCACACCAAUGCCUGACUUUGUGAUAUUGGAGGGAAAUACUUUCUUGUUCAUGUUGUCUACCCAGGGAUAUGUUCAUUCUACCAGUGUACCUGCCCCUGCACUAGUUUACUGGGCAAAUUGACUUUACUUGAAUUUUUGAAACCACCCAUAUUACAACUUACUUUGCAUCUCAAUCAGUUGUUAGAAGCUGUUCUUUCUUCUCCCUACUCUGGGCUGCUUCCCAUGCCCCAUCCUCCCCAAGAACCAAAGGUCAUGUCAAUAGGAAUGCAGGUGGGGAACUAUAGUACCCCCACCAGUGAUCCUUCUUUGGGAUACUGAUCACCAGUGGUGUAUCUUCGUAUCUUUAUGAAAACAAAUUCCAAAGGGGCAUCAUGCUUCUCAGAGGUAGAUCCAAAUAGUAUUGCUAUGAACCAAAAAGAGAGGUUGGCAGGAGGUGGGGUUGGGGGGGGGGUGAGAGAUGGAGGAAGCACACUGGAAAGAUCCACUCUGCAUCCUCUAUCUUAUUUCUCCUGAAGACUUUCAAGUUGGUGCCCAUGGGAGGUACGAGACCACCAGCUGUGUGGAGGCAUCCAGAUCUGUGAUCUCCCUGAAGAGGUUUGGUUUGAGGACAGCAGUAACAAGGCUUUCCCAUACUCCUGUGGGAAGGGGCCACAAUUGGGAAUAUGGAAGUUCUAUUUUUUCUCCUUAUAGUACCUACUUAUUAGAUCCAGUGUGGUCUAUAGAAGAGGCCCCCUUGGAGCUGCACAGAUCUGCCUGCUUAGGCCAUCCCUUGGGGUGGUCCCCCAACCAGACAGAGGAGGACUUUCAAAACUGGACAGUGGGAUUCAGAGAGGAAAAUCAUCCUCUGCCUUCCUGCCUUCCUCUUCCUAGCAGUGAGCCCCACCCACCACUCCUGCUAUAUUUGUAGCCUAAGUGCCUAAGUGGGUCCGCAUAAGUGAGGUAGGGGCAAAAGACAGGGCUUAUGAGCCUAACCAAGAAAGGAAGAGCUGGUCAUUUCUGGCUUCAAAUGCAACUCUUAAGUGUUAUAAUUCCUUUUUAUCUCUUGAUGUCCUUUUGAUUUGGGGAGUUUCUCUUUUUUCUUUCUGGCUCUGGUUUUAUGAAUUGUUUAUUCUUGAAUCAGAAACUCUGUGAGGUUUCUCCUUGAUAGCGUUGUUUUUGUUGCUGUUUUUUUUAGCAAGGAGAAAGGCUUUGAUUUAUGUAUUUGUUUUAAUAAAAGCUGAUCUGGCAUCCUUUUC